GUAAGUAACUUUCUUUAUGGAGAAAGGAGAAAGAAAGAUCGAGAAGGCGCUAGAGAAACCUGGGGUCUUCCACCUGCAACAUGCCUAGCGAUGGCUGCCCUCCAUUUAAAUCCUUCGUCCCCGACGAGUUUGAACACAAGAUUUUUGCUUUCAUUGCGAUUCGGUAGAAGUCAUUUCAAUUAAAUUGUUUCCCACCAUUAUUUCUCUGCGAUCGACAAAUUGGUUUUGAGAAGAAAUGGAUCCGGUAUUGAGCACUCUGCAACAGCUACUGGGGCUUCCAGAUGAAAUGGAGAAGCAUCUCAACGCCCCGACCCGCACAUACGUUCGCGACACAAAAGCCAUGGCCUCAACCCCUGUCGACCUUAAAGAAUACCCUAACUCCUAUGUCUUUAUUCUCGACAUGCCUGGCGUUAAAUCUGACAAUAUCAAGGUUCAAGUAGAGGACGAGAAUGUGCUGGCAAUCAGCGGAGAGCGAAAGAGGGAGGAAGAGGAGGAUGUCAAAUACAUCCGGAUGGAGCGCAGGCUCGGCAAAUUUAUGCGCAAAUUUGCUCUGCCUAGUGACUGCAAUCUGGAGAGUAUUUCUGCCAGCUGUCAUGAUGGAGUGUUGACUGUUACUGUUCCCAAGCUCCCUCCUCCUGAGCCCAAGAAACCCAAGACUAUUGAAGUUAAAAUUGCAUAGAGAUUUACUAAGCAGAAUGCUCUAUAUCUUCCCUGCUAUUUGCAAUCCUUAGUAGCUCAGUAUUUCUCUGCUAUAAUUAGAAUAUGUUUCUGUGCUCAUGUAUCUAAUCCGGAGUUUUAUGUGUGUUAUUUCCGGAUUUGUGCUUUUGGGGCUUUAUAUCUUGACGCUGAAUUCCUCUUCUUAUCUGUAUGAAUUUUGAAAGGCAGUAAUAUAAAUGUUUUGUCGUCAUAAUUUUUCUCAAA